AUGUGUGAUUCUACACAGAACGGCUCCUACGAUGAAAACUUGCAUAUUGCCUCGAUAUUCGUAGUGUUUGUCGGAAGUGCGGCUGGUAUUCUUCUACCUUUAUUACCCGAAUUUAUUCUGAAGAACAAUAUCUCAUCAUACAAAGAAGUCCUUCUUAAAAAUCUGACAUUCUACUGCAAAUGGUUCGGAAGUGGCGUGAUCCUUGCUACUUCUUUGGUACAUCUUCUAUUUGAAGCCUUCAAUACACUCUCACCGAAUUGCAUCAAUUUAACGUACGAACCUUUAUCACCUUUGAUCGUUUUAGGUAGCUUGGUGAUUGUUUUGGUCAUAGACUUUUGCCUUGCUAGAUUGAUGUAUAGGAAGCGACUCAAAGCUGAACAGACUAUUAGAGACAGCAAUGUAAUCGAUGAUGGAAGAGAACAGGAGGAAAAAAACGAAGCUGACUUGAAGAGGAUACAGAAGAUUCAAGCACAUACCGAUAUCAUCAUCAUCGAAAGUGGGAUCGUGUUUCACUCUGUCAUCGUUGGCUUAACCCUUGGCGUUGCUACAGAGCCGGGUUUUAUCGCAUUGUUCAUAGCGAUUGUCUUUCAUCAAGCUUGCGAUGGUUUAGCAAUUGGCUCGCGAAUGGCCGAGCUAUCCUACAAGGGCAAAAGGCUACAGCAAGUGAUUAUGAUUGUAUCUUACGCCUUAAUAACGCCGAUCGGAAUUGCGAUCGGAAUUGGUGUAAAACAUAAUUUUGAUCCUGCAAAAGUUUCAACUCAAUUGGCUAUUGGUAUUCUGGAUUCGAUCGCCUCAGGUGUUCUCCUUUAUGGUGCUAUUGUUGAUGUUCUGGCAAAAGAAUGCUUCGGAACGGGUGGACCAACAGGCAAGCCAGGUCUUCUUGAGGCUUCGAAUAUGGAUGUCGCUUCUGCUUUUGGCGCUCUUCUUCUUGGUGCUGGAAUUAUGAGCUUAUUGGGUCAUUGGGCUUAG